AUGCCUCCAUAUCCCGACGAGCAACUACCCACGGACACGUUGUCCAUUCAAGAAUUCGUGGAUCUUGCGAGCAGGACAUUAAGCGGCGGACUGAGAAUUCCGGAUUUUGUGAACCUAGUGCUUGCUGGACGAGAACUGAGAGAUGGGGGACAAAUAUGUCUGGACAUGGACGUCUUCAAGGACUGUGUCUCUCCUGCCGAUAUUGACACGGUCGAAGUCACCAGAGAUUUCGACUCGGUUAUUGGAAUUACAACGACGCUACCCUUUCAAGCUCCCCUGUCGAUUUAUCCAGUGGCGAACUUCAGAGACAGCUUGACGAAGACAAAUCACCUCAGCAAAAGGAUUCUUAAUCCUAACUGGGACAAUGCACGCCGGGUUGAAAUCCACAAAAUCCCAAAUCUAUGUCUUUCCACCGCCAGUCGCCGCCAGAAGACGCUAGUUUGCUUUCCUCGCAUGUACAAAGCAGGAGAGACUCAUCGCAUUACCAAGGAGGAAAUGAUGCUGUUUUACGAUUCAUGCCUUAGGCCCGCCGUUGUGGCAGCCGUACCAACUGCCAUUGCUCACUGGCCGGUAAGCUACGACAUAUGCUUAAUGACCAUGUGGGACAAACGCCAGAAAUUUCACUUCACAAGCCUGGAUAUUCCCCCGGAUUCGUUGGACGACUUCGCCACUGCACUCCGCACCAACCUGGAGGAGCAUCCCAUCUUUCAAGGCUGCUUCUUUCUGCACGAGCUGCGAGGAAGCAAAGGAGUAACCAUGCACGAACCAGGAGAUAUUGGCGAUUGCGACAGAGCUUUCAACCUAUCCAUGGAUAUUUUCGAUAAGGACAAGAUACUUGCGGAUGUUGGAGGCGAGUGGUACAUCGAUGUUGGCGUGGAGAUUCGGGCGGAGGAUUUGGUGCUGCAAUGGCGGACUAGCACCGCAACCGAGGAGCUGUACACUGGUUUGCGUAUUCCUUUUGAAUGCGCAUUCAUCAAGAUAGCGAGCCACGAUGUCUGGGAUGCGGUGUUCUUCGAUCGGUUUUUCCCCAACAAAGUCCAGCAAAGCAAGCGACCACAGAGGACACAGCACUACGGAUCAUGUUACUACUGGAUGCGAUGGUUGGUAUUGACAGCCAAAGUGAUCAGAGAAGAAGACCAGAACUUCAUACGCCAGCAGCUGCUGGCACAAUUUCAAAAGCUCCAAUGGCUUCCUUGGUCAUCAAGCGACAGAAUUUGGGACACGGGAAAAGCCAAAGGGCAGUAUAUUGUACUGCCGUCGAACCACAAGGGGCCAGCACCAACGAUAGCGUUCAACGAGCGAUCGGGAAUAUCAUUGGAAACAGUGACUUUGAGACCAGUUGCGGCACAGUAA